GGACCCGAGUUCUUUGACCCCAUCUGCUCAAUUGUUGCACUUGUGCAGUAGGAUUUACAUUGUUUCCAAUGCUUGCAGAGGCAGACCAAUUAAGGAGGAAAGCUCUUUUGUUUAUCAAAAGCAUCCCAUUUUAGACCAUGUCUGCUGCUUCAGAUUAUGUGGUACUCUUCUUUAGGUCUGCAGUGCACAAUCUCUGCAGAGCCAUGGGGUUUAUCAUGAAAUCAUUAGGAAUCUUUCUUCUUUCCAGUCUAUAACUACAUCCAUGGACAUGCAAAAAAAUAAUCUUGUCCUCUUUAGCUUAUUCAAAAUGGCCAACCAUGCUUUCAUGUUGCAAAUCUAAGAGAGCCUAGGGGAUGAACAUGAAGUUUCCCCACCCCAUUUUUGCAGGCGUAUCUUGUGCAAGAUUUAGAGCGAUUUCAGAUCAAAAUUAGAAAUAUUUUUUAAAAGUUGAGUUUUUAUGCCAGCACUACCAACAGUUCUGACAGUGAUUGAUUGAUUCAGUGCCGUCAAGUUGGUGUCAACUCUUAGUGACCACAUUAGAAGACAUUAAUAGUGACUAAAGAGAUGAUUGAGUUCUACACACAACUGUCAGUGAUAUUAGAUUUUACUAUGUACACUUAUUGGGAUUAGAAUUCAUAGGCUAAUUUAAUGAAAGACUUGCUAGACCGUUUCAAGCAUUAACAUCAGUUGUUUAGCCCCUGGGGAACAGAAGAUAGCUUGCAGUUCAGACCAUGUAUGGGCAGGGUUCUUAAGACGUUUGAGAUCUCCUUUGGGACAUGCCAGCUGUAAAGACUAGAUCCUCCCCCUGAUAUAAGAAGCACCACUACAUAAAGUUUCUGAGAGGACAACAGGCAGAGUAGCUUUCCCGGCAAGAUGGCCAGCAGAAAGACCAAGAAGAAGGAAGGCGGUGCCAAGCGUGCUCAAAGGGCCUCCACCAAUGUUUUCUCCAACUUUGAGCAGACACAGAUCCAAGAAUUCAAGGAAGCUUUCACGAUAAUGGAUCAGAACAGAGAUGGCUUCAUUGAUAAAGAAGACUUAAAAGAUACGUAUGCUUCACUAGGUAAAACAAACGUCAAAGAUGAUGAGCUAGAAUCCAUGCUUAAAGAAGCCACUGGACCUAUUAACUUUACAAUGUUUUUGAACCUAUUUGGGGAAAAGCUAAGUGGUACGGACACUGAAGAGACCAUACUAAACGCAUUUAAAAUGUUUGACCCAGAAGCAAAAGGAAACAUUAACAAGGAUUACAUGAAACGCUUAAUGAUGUCACAAGGCGACAAGUUUAAUGCUGAAGAGAUAGACCAGAUGUAUCAGAGUUCCCCGAUUGAUGCAGCAGGAAACCUGGAUUACAAGGCUCUUUGCUACACCAUCACACAUGGAGAAGAAAAAGAAUAAAGUCCACAUACUUUGAAAUCUGUCUGUGCAAAAAGAAUAAAAAAUGAAUUCUCCCUUCUCCAUAA